AUGGCGGCGCGCGUGCUGGUGCAGUACGUGGUGCUGAGGGGGGACCUGGGGCGCGAGCCGCUGGCGUGGCCGUUGGGGGCCCUGGUGGCGCAGGCCUGCCACGCGGCCCUGGCCGUGACCCACAGCCACCGCCAGCACCCGGACACCGCGGCCUACCUGGCGCAGGGCGGCAGCAUGAGGACCGUCGUCCUGGAGGCCCCGGAUGAGUGUGCCUUGGCUACAUUAGCGACGACACUGCAGCAAAACAGCAUUGACCAUAAGCUGUGGAUAGAAGAGCCAGAGCACAUCAUCACUUGCCUUGCUCUCCGCCCAUACCCCAAGGAGGAAGUGCACCAGUACCUGAAGAAAUUCAAACUGCUGAAAUGACCGGCUUCCUCUCUAGCCCAGGCACAAGGUUGACUAGGAAAGAAGGGCCUCCCCUGGGACUCGGUAGCUGUGAUUUUGGGAACCAUACAAUUCCUUCAUGGUAUAGCAGCACUAUGGGAAGGCACAAGAACGGGCUCAGGAACUUUCACAUCACUGCAUGAUGUUGGCAGUUGUGCAGUUCAGCCGAAGGGCUUCUGUAGAGACGAUUAAAGAUUUGACUAUUAAAGAUUCUGUAGAGACUGAUCUAGAGCUGAGGUUCUGGCAUUUUGCACAAAACUCUCUAGACUAAGCAGCAGCACUUGGGACAGCCUGAUGGAUUUAAAGAUGGAAUAAAACACAAAUGGAGGCAA